CUCCUCCUCCUCCUCCGCCCGGCUCCCAGCGUCUCGGCGGCCUCCGCCCGAUGCUGGCGGAGCUGCCUGGGGUCUCGGCGCCGUUGUGAGCGCUCCUGCCGUCCCGCGGCCGCCAUGUCCGGCGUGGUGCGCACCCUGAGCCGCUGCCUGCUGCCGGCCGAGGCCGCCGGCCGCGGCGGGGACCAGGCGCGGCGGGAGGGCAAGGAGCGGAGCCGCGACGCGGAGCGGGAGGCGCGCCGGCGGAGCCGGGAGAUCGACGCGAUGCUGGCCCGGGAGAGGCGGGCCGUGCGGCGCCUCGUCAAGAUCCUGCUGCUGGGCGCCGGCGAGAGCGGCAAGUCCACCUUCCUCAAGCAGAUGCGCAUCAUCCACGGCCGCGAGUUCGACCAGAAGGCGCUGCUGGAGUUCCGCGCCACCAUCUACGAGAACAUCCUCAAGGGCUGCAGGGUUCUGGUUGAUGCACGGGAUAAACUGGGGAUCCCUUGGCAGUACACAGAGAAUGAGAAGCAUGGAAUGUUUUUGAUGGCUUUUGAGAACAAAGCUGGAAUGCCCAUAGAGCCAGCCACCUUCCAGUUGUAUGUACCCGCACUGAGUGCGCUGUGGAGGGACUCGGGAAUCAAAGAAGCCUUUAGCCGCCGAAGCGAGUAUCAGCUGGGUGAAUCGGUGAAAUACUUCCUGGAUAACCUGGAUCGAAUUGGUCAGCUGAAUUAUUUCCCCAGCAAACAAGAUAUUUUGCUGGCUAGAAAAGCCACCAAAGGAAUAGUAGAGCAUGAUUUCAUCAUUAAAAAAAUACCUUUCAAGAUGGUGGAUGUAGGUGGACAGAGAUCUCAGCGUCAGAAGUGGUUCCAGUGCUUUGAUGGAAUAACUUCAAUUUUGUUCAUGGUUUCCUCCAGUGAAUAUGAUCAGGUUCUUAUGGAAGACAGGCGCACAAACAGACUUGUGGAGUCCAUGAAUAUUUUUGAGACAAUAGUCAAUAACAAGCUUUUCUUUAAUGUUUCUAUCAUCCUAUUCCUCAACAAGAUGGAUCUUCUUGUAGAGAAAGUAAAGACUGUCAGCAUUAAGAAGUAUUUCUCGGACUUUAAGGGUGACCCUCACAGGCUAGAAGAUGUUCAGCGGUAUCUGGUGCAGUGCUUUGACAGAAAGAGAAGAAACCGUAGUAAGCCGCUCUUCCAUCACUUCACCACUGCUAUAGACACUGAAAACAUCCGCUUUGUGUUUCAUGCCGUGAAGGACACGAUCCUUCAAGAGAAUCUGAAGGAUAUUAUGUUGCAGUGAAGGAGAGCAGCCCAUAUUCUGUUAAAAUUUAUGAGAGGGUUAGAUCAAAGUUUUUAUUCUUUAUGGCCCUUGCAUGUGGUGUAGGACCCAUGCUAUUCACUUGGCUCAGGAAUGCUGUAAACUAGCCAGUCCAAACAGAGGAGCUAUAGGCCGAAGGAGUCAAAUGUUGAUGUUAGCUACUGAAUCAUUUGGACUAGAAACACUACUGAAACAUGGCCAUUGUAGGUGUUCUGUACCUAGUUUGGUAUACUGAAUAACAUAACCACCUUCUGCCUUCUUAGAAAAAUUUUUUUUUCUCUGACAAACCAUGUAAUGCAGACACUUUGUUUUAAAUGAAUACGUUUAUUUUCAGAGACACUAGUCAUACAAACUGCCUUUUUUGUAGUUUGGAGGUGCUGAAUUAAUCAAACUAAUCUAAAACAUAACACGAUUGGUAGCUGUAUUGGAGAAUGUUAAUGAAGUUGUGUUCUUAACCCUUGGGUAUAUAACUAGAUCUUGUGUGCAUAUUCAGUUCUGCCAAGGAUCUAGAGUCCCCCUUUUAAGGUGGCUGCAUAGCUCUUGUCUGAAGAUUUUGCAGGAGUCUCCUGAAGCAAAAGUCUGGACAGUCUCUAUGAAGGAAACCCGUACUGGAGUAAAUUUGAUGAGAAGUCUAAGACCUGGCUGAUACGGAGAAGGGUUUAUUUUGCACUAUGUGUAAGGAGUAUUACAUCAUGGGGAAACAGACUUCUGUGGUAAAGCAGCCUGUGCUAGAGCAUCUGACGACGUAUGUGCACAGCAGGUGCUGUAGUGAGAUGUACUUCAUGGCAGUUCAGCCCUGCUCUCCCAUUUGCAGUUGGCAGCACUUGUGAAGGUUCAAUAUCUCACAUGACAAGGCUUUAUCUGUAUUCAGAAGUGUGAAAGCUGAUUAAACUCUUAAGCAAAGGUUUUAGUAGUACAGCAGCUGCUUGAUUAGUUCCCAAAAGCUGACCUUAUAGGAAGACUGAACACUCUAGAGAUCCCAGUUUUACAACUGCACUGAUGUAUUUGGACAGCAGGACCUUGCUGUAAAAUUAGCCCUUAAUCUGUGUCUUAAUGGGAUCUUUAGCCUGUAUUAAUGCACAUGUAAUUAUGAGUACAGUCAAGUUUAGAGUUGCCCGUUUCAGGCAAUGGAUUGUGUGUGAAGUUGCAAGAGACUAUGAAUAAUGUUAGUAUAUGAACUGUUAGUUCCUAGCUUUUUCUGCUCAUGUAACUAUCAGGUGCCUUUCCAUGUACAGAUAUAUCAGAUCUUUUCUAUUACAGUGGGGUACAUGGACAGACUUAAGAUCUGCUUUUUAUCUCAACAUUGUAGUCAUAUCUUUUAGAUAAUUUUUAAACGUAGUUUACUGUGCAAUUUGUGUCAUAGUUUUAUCCAAGAAUAAAACCUGAAGGGCUGCUUAUACCUGUACAAAGUCAGCAGGUUCCCUGGAGUUCUUAUCCCCUUUGAGACUGUAAUGGCAUGUCAAAACAAGCAACAUUUUACUUCAGCUGAUACUUCCAUGGGAAAUGUGGUCUAAAAAAAAAAUCUUGUUCAGUUGUCUUUUCAUGUUGAUUUGGAUAAAAUCUGGAGAUUUUUUUCCUCUGAAGUUUGCAGAUGUUCGUAUCGGUGUGUAGUUUCCUAAUGUAGCAAUCUAUUGGCUUUUUGUGCAGACUUCAGAGUGAAAAAGAUGUGGAUAUUCUAUCAUGUUAUAUAACACACAUAGUACUGAGGUAAUAGGCAAGUUAAAAGUUGCAGACAGGAAAAUCUAAUUUAAAUUUAAGCUUUUACUUAGUGAACUUAGACAGGAAUUAGCUUCCUUGUAAGAAGUCUUAUUUUUGUCAGGACCAAGUCUGUCUUUUUAAUGUUUAUUCAUAUUUAACCUUGAAGGGAAAGUAUCACAUGAGUCUUCAGUCUUCAGAUGGGCAAAAAUUAAGAUUAUUACAUUUGAAAAGGUAAAUGUUUCAACACAUAUUGAGCAAAUAACAGUUUACUCAUUGUAGAGGAUUCACUUCUCUAAGCUAAGCCAUUUGCUUGAGACUAAGUUACAGUUCUAAUACGUUCAAAUAUUCUUAGAGUGCUAGUAGUGACCUCCACACAGGACGCUAGGAGUUGACUUUAUUUCCUAGUUUGUUGUGGAUUUUAUUCCUUCGCUAAGUUUUCUCGAGGGGUUGUAUGUUUGUGUCCUCAAAUGAGUUAAACAUUCCCUUUCAUCUGUAUCUUUCUAGAGAAUUACCUCAGUUUUAUGUCUGCAUCUACUGUAGUUUUACCUGGGAGGCAUAGCAUGGAAUUUCCUGUUUUGCUUUUCUCUUCAUGGUCUUCUAUGGUUUUGUAUCCUUAAUCACCUUAUGGAUUUAAAACUAACAACAGAGCUAAUAAUGCAAUGUAUAUUUAUCUAAGUAAUUUAAUCUGUUGCACCUGGAAAAGAAACAGCAUGAGAUGUCUUUUAUUGAGCUGUCAGGCUUCCUAGAAAACUUUUUUUUAUAUGAUAUGGCAAUUUUGCACAAUAAAUCAGAGUUUUAGGGAACCAGUUUGAUGACCUCAGGCCCACUACUGCCUUUCUUCUUUCUGUUGAUAAAAUGGGCCUCAGCAUGAUGCUCUAGACUGCAGAUGGAAAUCAGUAGUUUUGGCUCUGUAGAAUCUGUUUUUUGUAGACUCUGUUUUCUCUCUGACUUUGGUUUAGAAUUAGUGGUUCGCAAUAAGAACACAAGAUUAAGAAAAUCUUUUUGCAUGGGUCAAGCACUUCUCAAGUUUGCAACAGAUCUGACUGUGACUGUUUGAGGCAGAAGGAUUUUUUUUUUUCUUUAAGUGGCAGGUAUAUUUCUGCUGCUGCUAAAUACAGGAUCUACUUCUUUCCACAGCUGGGAUUUUGUGUGUUUUUAUUUUUCCAAGGUAAGUUGUAGUACAAGAAAGCCAGAAAUUAAUAUUAUGGUAACUCAGUUAAUUACUAACACAGAAUUUAAGUAGCUUAGGUUGUACAGACAUCUCAGGACAGAUUUGAUACGUUGCUCAGUGCUUUCACAAGAAACAAUUGGUGACUUUAUUUUAAGUGACAUCCUGGAGAACUUUGCAGGCAAACACAGCUGGAGAGAACAUCUUUUUUUGUUAACUUUAUAGGGUUAUUGUUCAGUUGACUAGUCAGGAAAUGGGUCACAGGCAGGAUGAUAAUCAGAUAGAGGCCUUGAACAACUACUUUAAAAAGGCUUUUUUCUGUCCCUGCUCUGACACCCACAGGUCAUUGGUGUGGGGUGUUCUAAAUGUGUUGUCUUGUGCAAGGACAAAGGGAGGAAGUGCUUGCAGCAUGUGCAUGCAGGAGAGAUUUAUGCAAUCUUGCAAUUUAAAAAGAAUAACUAUUGGGACUCUUUUAUCAAACACUACUUUAUAUUUGGUGUCCUGAAAACAAGGCUUUAAACUUAAUAUUGAGUGUCAUUCAGUACCAUUCUUUCAAAUUGCCAUGCUAUCGUCUUUUGAACAGGCUAGUUUUUAGAUGGCAUUAUCAAUUGAGAUAGUGGAUUGGAAUUAAAGAUGAAGAAUAGUUUUUUGCAGAACUAGUUUAUAUAAAUGACAUAUUUAACAGGCAGUUGUCACUUUAAUGCAAUUGUAUAGUUUUAAUGUUGAAGAUACUAAAAUUAUGGAACUGACUAUUGGCCACUCUACAUUACAGCUCAUGAAGAUGUGUUUAGUUUGACAUUAAAUAUUGGUCUUAUUUCAUCUAAUACAGCAACAUAGAUUAUCUGACUCGCUAAUUUUGAUAAAUAUAUUUAGGUUUUAAAGGUGCUGCAGUCAAACUUAGAACUAGGCCUGAUACAAGCAUGAAGAAGCUCCUGAAGAUGAUUGUUUUUGCAGGCUUUCAGAGCUAACAAAAACCUGAACCUCAGCCAAGCAGACAUAGUGGAGAAAUAUGUAUUAAUUGCAAGAAACUGUAGCAAAAUGGUGAAGGAAGAGCUCAUCUAUAUGUGGCACUGCAGACCAAAACUUCAUUCUACUAGGAUAGCUGAAGUAGUUUUUGGUGUGAAAAAGAAUCUCUUUGGAGCACUUCUUCUCUCCCUUCCCACCUCUCCCCCAGAUCCUCAGCAGUUCUGAUUAUUGUAAUUUAGAAAUAGAAAAAAAGAAUUCUAGAGUUGAAGGAAAUCAGAAGAAUGGAGAUGGAACCACUGAAGAAAUUAGCAGCUUUUCUAAUAAGACAAUUGUAUUCCACAGAAUUUUUUUUUUAUUAAAUGUGCCCUUUGCCUCCUUUAGAUACUUGUCUUUCUGGAUUUUAAGUUCCUCAUUUUGAUAUCUUUUCUAUAUAUAUGUACAUUUUCAAAUUUCCUGGGGGGGAAAAAAUAUGCUGCAGAGAAUUAUAGAUAUUCUGUAAAAGGCCCCUAUGAUUUUCAUAUGGUGAGUUUUGACACCUGAUUUAGCUUUCUUUACAUCAUCAAAUUUUCAAUGGUACUUGCUGGUUUGGUGAAUAAUUUGAUGCAUGCCAACUUGAGAAAAAAGGGUGUGCAAAAAUACCUCCAUACAGCACAGCUUGUCAUAUAAAUUAAGCCUUGAUCUCCUAAUGAAAACUAUAUUGAUUCCUGUAGGUUUAUUAUUAAUCUCUUUUAUGUCAUUUCUCUAGUAUAAAAUCGUGUGGUGUAGUCAGGGGAUUUCAUAGAGCACUGCCAACUCUUUACCUCAGUAUAGUCUUUAUUAAUUCUGUAACACAGGAAGUGGUGGGUAGGGUGUUUCAGUAGCAAAUAUAGAAUAUCUAUCCUUAAUUUUGUAAAUGAGUUUUUAACAGAGUUCUAAGGAGCAUUCAUUAUAGGACAAGAGUCUUGACUGGCAUGGUCUGCGCCAGACUUGGGCUGAAUUAAUAUUGUCUGCACGCAUUUCUAGAUGAGGACUGCCUAGCUUAGUGAGGAAGUAUAUUGGCAAGACAAUGUAAGACCCAGUGCUUUUUAGUAUUACCUGUUUUUAAUUAGCUAGGGUGAUCUCUGCUUUGUGCUCUGAACACUACUUUUUUCUUUUCUUUAAACACUGUUUUUUUUCUUGUCUGGAUGGAAAUGAGUAAAUCCAGGAUAUUUGGAGCAGAAACUGCUGCUCUGCUAACCAGGUGAUGCUAUCUCUUUGCUCAUGUUAGUGGUUGAACAGUUUAGCUUGAUUCUUUAAGUUUUUAUCUUUCUAAUGGCAUUUGGAAAGCAGUGUUAAAGCUUGUCUAUGUGUUGAUAUGCUUGUCUUAGUAUUGGGUGGGGAGGAGUAUGGAGGUACUAGACUGCCAGUGCUGGUGGUUCUGUACCUGGCUUGACAUACUGUAUCACAACCAAGCUCUUGGCACAUGUCCGUAGGUCGUAUCUUCUGUCUGAUGUGAGAAUAAUCAGAGUCAAGAAAGAGCAGCACUGACUUCCAAGAUGGGCAUUCUGGUAAAAAGCCAAAGUAUGUUGGAAGGGAGCAAGAGAGGGGAGCUAUUUUUGAAACAGAUCCCAAAAGCUGAUGGUGCUUGAAGACUGUGUAUUGAAAUGAAAUGCCAUCUGCAUUGACCCCAGACGCUUUGACUGACUCCAGGAGAGCUUUUGGCUGUGCGUGUUAACGGCAGCGUGCUGGCAGUGCUGUCGCUGCACACCCUUCCAUUGUAAAUCUCUCUUCAUCUGCUCAUAAGUGGGUGCUAAAACUCAAUUCCUUCUCAGAUAGGGUAUGUAGAUCUCUGGCCAGACAAUGUGUCUUACUCCAUGCUAACAGCUAUUUAACCUUUCUUCAAGAUACCCAACUGUGAGAAGUAUUUCAGGGGAAUGGCUAGCCAAGAGACCGUUUUUGUUAUUUAAGUGAAAACUACAGUUUGAAGGAGAGCAAAAUUUUGGGGAGGUAAGUAGGACCUGAGGAAGAGCUUCUUAUGAAGGAAGCAACUGAUGUUUCCCAUAAAUUUUUUGUGCUGAGCUUGUUUGCAGGUGAAUUAGCCCAAAAGCUGAGGGGGAAGAUAGCAGGGAGAGAGGGGAAUGUGGAAGACAAAUGAUUUUUUGGUAGUUCACAAGGCUUGGAAAGCAUGCUUGGUAGACAUAGGGUUGACAACUUGUGUUCAAACUUCCAUUCACCUUGUAGCCAUUACAGUCUGCAGGAUAAAGAAUGUUUUUCCAGUGAACAUGUUACAUUAUCUGGAACGUACAGUGAGCUUGAAUUGGUGAUACACAUUGAACAGUAUUUCUGGGGAGUCCACUUAACAAAAUGGCUAGUAUUUAUUGCUCUUGUGAUGAGUUGUCUUGUUUAUGGAAUCAAUAUGUAUGAAAGCAAAUUGAGAAAACACUAAGUUAUCUUGUGACACAGUCGAGUAGAUAGGAAGCUAAUUGAAAUGUUAUCCUUUAUUCUGCAAUUUACUUGCUCUGUUGUGCCUAUGCCUUGUAACACACAUACUAUGCAAUAUCAUUCUUUUUUAAACCAGUUCACUGCAUUGGGCAGGAAGGGCCUGAAUUUAGCCUUAAUUUUCUAACAAUUCACAAGAAAGUACUUUAAAAAAAACAGUUACAAACUAAAAGAAGGUGAAAAAUGCAUAAAGUAAAAGCACAGUUUUAGACUGCUCACAUAAGUGUCUUUCUAGCACCAAAACAGCAUCCACAUAGAAACAGCUACUUGCUGUAAUAGUUUCAAUUUAUGAAAACUGUGUACUAGAUAAAAUUAUAUUGUGAUGUGUAAAAAGUGUAUUUUAUAGCUUUGGUGACUUAGUUUACUGUUUUGUAUAUAUGAAUUUUAUAAAUCUAUUAAAACCUGACUUGUUAUACUGUU